AGAACAAAACAGGAUACAACAUGUUCUCUGGAGCUGGGGACUGCCAGACUGAGAUACAUAGUGAUGGUGAACAGAGGCUACUUGAUGAUCUUCAGCAUGUUUACGAUGGCUCAGCUCAUCCCCUUCAAAAAGGCUCUGGAGUGUAUGGUGGCAGAGUAUGAGGUGGAUGGGCAGUGCUGCCCCACCUGCCGUGCAGGUUACAGGGUAAAUGAGACAUGCACUAUAAUGACAGGCACCACGUGUGUGGCUUGUGAUCCUGGGACCUACACUGCACACCAGAGUGGCCUGAAGGAGUGUCUCCAGUGUAAAGUCUGUGACUCUGAAUCUGGCUUGGUGACCAGAAGGGAAUGUUCAUCUACAUCCAACACUGUGUGUGGCUGCUCUCCAGGCUAUUUCUGCACUGGCAUGAAAAAUGACUGUGAGAUGUGUGUGCGUCACCAAGUCUGCAUCCCUGGACAAUAUGUUAAGUCUAGAGGCACAGAGAGAAGCAACACCAUCUGUGAAGCAUGCCAGGCAGGGACAUUUUCCCCCAAUGGAACCCUUGACCAGUGUCUGCCAUGGACCAAUUGUACUGCCCAGGGUUUAUCUGAAGAAAUGCCAGGCACUGACACCACGGAUGCAUUGUGCUCAUCGGAGAGUACUCUUCCAUUCAUGGGUUCUGUCAUUGCCUUCACCAUAAUCAUCAUCUUAAUCUUUGGGAUGGUAUUUGUUAAAGGAAACAACAAUCAAAAAAGAGGGGAUGACACAAGAGGAAGAGCUGAAGCAUCACACCCUGAAAAGACCCUGAAAAUGUUAUCUCCUUGAGUCCCAUGGGUCAGUUAUCAACUUGCCUGUGCAGGAGACUAGAUAACAAGAAGAAUCAGCUCCACUAAGGGAAAGAAUAUCCAAGAGCCAGGACAUUGGGGAACCUUGAUUUUGCUCUUGGGGGUAUAGUGAAACACCAAGGUCGUCAUACUCUCUGUCUGUCAUUGGGGACAAGCUUUGGCACU